AUGACUCCCGUCAGAAUUACGGUGGUUAUUCGGCCAAGGGGUGGUUCAAUCAAAUCCCUUCCACAUCAGGUCCGAAUUGGUCGCCAUGCCUCAACAGAGGAACUCUACGAUGCUCUUGCCCGAUCGUCGGGACUAUCCAUCUAUCGUCUGAGAAUCACCCACGAGAGCGAUUGCACCUUGGUUCCUAACUCUAAAGAGAUUACCAUUGAGGGAGCUGGAGUCGAGGACAUGGAUGUAGUCACUGUUAAGGACCUUGGUCCCCAGAUUUCAUGGCGCGCCGUGUACAUCGCCGAAUACCUCGGUCCAGUCUUCAUCCCGUGGCUAUUCCUGUUCCCUCUACGUCCAUAUUUGGAUUCCCACUACGACACCACCACCGAACCGAGUAGCCUUCAGCUCCUUCUCUGUGCGUUGUUGACAGUCCACUUCGUGAAACGUGAGUAUGAGUCCAUCUUCGUCCACCGAUUCAGCAAUGCCACAAUGCCUGCACGCAAAAUUGUUCAAAACAGUGGCUACUACUGCGUGAUGAGCUGCAACAUGGCUUACUGGAUCUUUCGGCCCGAUGCGGCGGCUGCGGCUAAAGAACUGAUCAGCCCCUGGCUACUUUAUACGGGUCUUGGCCUCUUUGCUUUUGGAGAACUGGCCAACUUGAACACCCACUUGGUGCUACGGGAUAUCCGCCGUUCAGGGACCACUGAACGUGGUGUACCGUGCGGAUUUGGAUUCGGGGUAGUGACUUGCCCUAACUACUUCUUCGAGAUUAUUGCCUGGAUAGGCAUUUAUUUUGUCAGUGGCUUGAGCUGGAGCAUUCUUUUUUUCAUCAUUAUCGGAAGCGUUCAAAUGGCGAUCUGGGCUAAGAAGAAGGAGCGUCGCUACCGGCAGGGGUUUGGGGCUAAGUACAAGUUUAAGAGAUUCGUCAUGCUUCCGGGUAUUAUUUGA